GCUGCCCACGCCCAGCCGAGCGAGCCCAGGCAGCGCAGCCUUGGGAGGGGGCUGCCCCGGACCCCUCCCCCGGCCCGGGCCCCUGGAGCCCGGCCUUCGGGGCAGGGAGGCGGAGUCCCCGGUGCAAGGUCCGGGGACCAGCAGCCGAGGACGCCGGGGUCCCGGAGCCAACAGCCCCCCCACAGCCCCCGAGGUGCAGGGAGGUCCCGCUGAGGGAUUGGGUCCGUCGGCACUUGGAGGAGGAGGUUUGGGGCUGGGACCCCAGAGACCUGUGUGCAAGGAAGUGGGCUGAGGCCUGGCCCGGGCUCCCCUUCCCCCGCUGGGCCCAGGAUGCCCCGCAGCAUCAGCAGCUCCUGAGCUCAUGGAGCCCUCGGCCACCCCAGGGGCCCAGACUGGGACCCCCACUGGCGGCGGGGAACUGUCACUGUCACAGGUGCCUCCCGACUACGAAGACGAGUUCCUGAGCUAUCUGUGGCGUGAUUAUCUGUACCCGAAGCAGUAUGAGUGGGUCCUCAUCGCUGCCUACGUGGCUGUGUUCCUGGUGGCCCUGGUGGGCAACACGCUGGUCUGCCUGGCCGUGUGGAGGAACCACCACAUGAGGACGGUCACCAACUACUUCAUCGUCAACCUGUCCCUGGCUGACGUGCUGGUGACAACCAUCUGCCUUCCAGCCAGCCUGCUGGUGGACAUCACCGAGUCCUGGCUCUUUGGUCAUGCCCUCUGCAAGGUCAUCCCCUAUCUACAGGCCGUGUCUGUGUCGGUGGUGGUGCUGACUCUCAGCUUCAUCGCCCUGGACCGCUGGUAUGCCAUCUGCCGCCCGCUGUCGUUCAAGAGCACCGCCCGGCGCGCCCGGGGCUCCGUCCUGGGAAUCUGGGCAGUGUCGCUGGCCGUCACGGUGCCCCAGGCUGCGGUCAUGGAAUGCAGUAGCAUGCUGCCUGAGCUAGCCAACCGCACCCGGCUCUUCUCCAUCUGUGAUGAACACUGGCCAGAUGACCUCUAUCCCAAGAUCUACCACAGCUGCUUCUUCAUUAUCACCUACCUGGCCCCACUGGGCCUCAUGGCCAUGGCCUAUUUCCAGAUCUUCCACAAGCUCUGGGGCCGCCAGAUCCCUGGCACCACGUCGGCCCUGGUGAGGAACUGGAAGCGCCCCUCAGACCAGUCGGACGACCAGGGGCUGGGCCUGAGCACAGAGCCCCCGCCCCGGGCCCGGGCCUUCCUGGCUGAGGUGAAGCAGAUGCGCGCGCGGAGGAAGACGGCCAAGAUGCUGAUGGUGGUGCUGCUGGUCUUUGCCCUCUGCUACCUGCCCAUCAGUGUCCUCAACAUCCUCAAGAGGGUGUUCGGGAUGUUCCGCCAAGCCAGCGACCGAGAAGCCAUCUAUGCCUGCUUCACCUUCUCCCACUGGCUGGUGUACGCAAACAGCGCUGCCAACCCCAUCAUCUACAACUUCCUCAGUGGCAAAUUCCGGGAGCAGUUCAAGGCCGCCUUCUCCUGCUGCCUGCCUGGCCUGGGUCCCUGCAGCUCUCCGAAGGCCCCCAGCCCCCGCUCCUCUGCCAGCCACAAGUCCUGGUCCUUGCACAGCCGGUGCUCCAUCUCCAAAGUCCCCGAGCACGUGGUGCUCACCAGUGUCACCACUGUGCUGCCCUGAGCGAGGGCCCCACCUCCUCGUGGAGACUGCUGGAUGCAGUGGGAGGCCGGGGCUCCAGACCUGGUUUUGUGCCUGUUUAACUCUGGGCAAGUGACUCCCCUUCUCUGAGCCCGAUCUCCUAAGCAGGAUUGAUGGGAGGAUUAAGCACGCUCGAGAAAGCGGAAAGCUCUUUGUAGAUUGUGAAGUGUUGUGGACGGGAUUAUCACAUUCCUCUCGCGUGGCUGUGCCCCACGGUAUCAUCCAUCCCCAUCAUCCUUCCGCAGCUUGGCCUUCCUCCCAAAGAUCCCUCUCCCACCCAAUUCCAGGCCUUCCCUGGAGUCUGCUGUAAGGGUCCCCGCGGGCAGUUCCAUCUGGCCCAGCGGCUCCAGCGAAAGCCCAGCUGCUCUGAGGCCCAAGUGAACUAAUCUGGGUCCAGCCUUUCCCUGGUCGGAACACAGCCCAGCCUCACCAGGUGCCGGGUGCACCACAGACUGGACCCCGUUGGCUUUCUGGUGUGAUAGAACCCUCUCCGUGUGGCUGUUUGGCAUGGAGGCCAGCAGCCUGAAGCAAUUGUAAUUAAAAGCCUGGC